AUGUCAAUUUGGACAGACAGCUCUACUGCGCUGUCUCCCUCGACGUCGACAUCUUCCCUCUCUCCUUUCCCCCACGUCAUCGAGCCGCACAACUCGCUACACACCCAACAACAACAGCAGGACCGUGCAAGACUCUAUGGCGACCCGGUGGAACCCGUGGGACCGCACAACAAACGCCAACGAACGCAUGGCCCAGAUGCAGUCAAACAGGAGCCGAUCGCAUUCGAAAGUCGCGACCAGCGCACCCACCAUCAGCAAAUCACCCAAUUGACAAGAGAGGGCAAAUCGGCCGAGCAGAUCAAGACCAUCAUGCUGUCCCGCGGCAUGAAACUCAGAAAAGGGGUCAGAACCAUAAGGCAAUUGCAACGGCGGUGGAACCUGCUCGAGGGCGAAGACCACGCUGCCAACAAUGUCCGUUACGUUGCAAGGAAAAAGGCCAGAAUGCAACAGAAGGCAAUGCUGGCCGAGGAGGCGCAGGCGAUGGACAUAGCAGAUGUGGACGAAUCGGUGCGGAGGAAAAUGCGGGAGUCAGACGUCAUGGCAUUGAGAAGAGCGACGGCUCGAGAGUUUAUGCGCGACAGCCUAGAGUCACCACAACGCACGGCGGCGACAGAUCUGGAGAUACAAGUCAGCCGCGGCGAGCCAUCGAAUACGAAGGAAUAUAAGGAAUACCAACUGAAUUGGGUGCUGGAAACACGAAAUCCCGUGUCGGGAGCUGAGAACGCAGUACCGGUGCCAGGCAACCAACGGCCAACAAUGGGCAACGCGGGACAGCAGCCAGAAAUGCAGAUACCGAGGGGCCAGGACCCACAACUGGUAAACAACAACCCACGCAACGAGAUAGAAUGGCUGCGACAUGAUAACCAGGUACUGUGGCAGGAAGUAGAGAGGCUAAGAAGCGAGAAUAAUCAACUCCGAGCCGAAAAUCAACUUGGCCGCGAGGUCCUCGAGCGCAUGCAGGACAAGCCAUGCGAUAAUUCUGCGUUUUUGCGAGCCGCUGCUACUAGAGUAAAUGUUGGGCAACCGAUACACUACGACAUCACUCCAUUUACACCAGCUACCGCUGCGAGCAGGGGUGCCAAUCAGCCGACGCAGAGCCCAAUACACGGUAACUCCCGCUUUCCAAGACGCCUUGCUGGGAGUAUGCCUGUUGACGAGCCGCCAGAGAGCAGACAUGUUGGUGCUUCCAACGAAAAUGCGAACUCCGCCACACUGACCAAAGAUGGUCAUAAGUACAGCAUGUCGACGGUUGGGCCUGGGAACGCAAAUGCGGAAACGUUGGCAGCUGCGGUCCCGCCAACUGAACCAAACACAACCGCUGUGCCGGACUACGAUCAGGAGGAAAUCUAUGCCGUUCAAUUCACAAAUAAAGAGGUCGAGACCCUCUAUGAUGCCGUGAAGGAACGCCAGGAGAACAAGUGGAAGAUUAUAGGGAGGGCCAUUGGCAGGCCUGCGGAUCACUGCGAACGUCGCGCCUUGGCGGCCGAGUUCUACGGGUCCUCACGACGAAGGCCAAUGGCUUUGAGCGCGUGA